GUCACCUUUGGCAAACAUCCUAAGAGCUUCGAGCUAAAAAUCCACUUUCACACACAGUGCAGCUCUUCUAAAUUCUGUGAAGUUUUUUCUCAGCUAUUCAAUUACAGAUCCCUGUGGUACUCCAAUUUUACAAAUAGUUUCUUAUCUUUCAAAAAGCCAUUUUAACCCAACAAAACUCUUCUUUUCAAACAUUUUCUAACCUUUUCAUGCUGCUAAAGGUUUUUUCUCAUUUAAAAAAACAUGAAAAAAUAAUUAGUUUCCAACUGGUGGUGGGUGCUUUAUGAGACGUUGGCCUCUUGUUCGCAGAGCUGGAUUGUGCUACAUGUAAAUUAACUCACUGUAAAGCAAAAUUUUUCACACAGGGGACAACUGCUUGGCAACGGAUUGACAAUCAGCUCAUCAAAGCAUGAGAGCUUGUUUGAGGAACACGACAGCACAAUCCACUGCUUCUAGGGGUUCCUGGUAUCAUGCAGCUUAUACAGCCCCAAAGAUGACACCACAUCCCACUCCACAUCGCUGAAAUUAUUGUUGAUAUUUUGAAUAUUUAAUUGCUAAAAAGGUGAUUGGUGAAAAAAAAUGUUUAAGUAGGAGAGACAUAAACUUAAAUAUUAAUUUAAAUUGAUUAGUUUGUUGUCUUUUUUUUCAUUCUAGCUAGUUCUUGAUGGUAAAACAUUCACAAAAACACCCCUAGUGCUUUAAGGUGUGCUAACAGUGCAGAAUCACAAAGUCAAGAAACCCUCUCAGCUUGUUCUGGGCAGUUUACAUUGUAAUUACGUUCACUCAGAGGGAGUCGACUGUGAGUGGACUUCAUUUACUGGAGGAAAUGGACAAACCCUCACUUUCAGUUAAUGAUUGACCUGGACAAAAAGGUUUAGAAGUGAGCAGCACUGUCUUCUGACUUUACUAAGCUCAAGAGAGAAACGACUAAUUAGAAUCUCUGGUCGCUUUUGACGGGAAUCCAUCUGAUAGACAUUUUAUUUGGUGAAAAAUGAACGCCACCGAUUUGCCUGGCCGACAGAUUAAAGGCAGCAGAGAAUUCUGAAGGAAAACAAAUCGGUCCAGUCAAAGAAAACAAAGAUGAGACUUUUCCUGUACUACCUGACACUGCUGGGGUCCGGUUAUGUGACUUCAACUUACGGGCCCCAUCAGAGAGCCCAGAUGACCGGGGAUAUUUUACUUGGCGGUCUAUUCCCCAUACACUUUGGUGUUGCAUCCAAAGAUCAGGAUCUGGCAGCCAGACCAGAAUCUACACAGUGUGUCAGGUUUAAUUUUCGAGGUUUUCGUUGGCUCCAGGCUAUGGUCUUUGCGAUCGAUGAGAUUAACAACAGCAGCGUGCUCCUGCCCAACAUCACACUGGGCUACAGGAUAUUUGACACUUGCAACACGGUUUCAAAAGCCUUGGAAGCCACUCUCAGUUUUGUGGCUCAAAAUAAGAUUGACUCCCUGAAUUUAGAUGAGUUUUGCAAUUGCACCGAUCACAUCCCAUCAACCAUUGCAGUUGUGGGUCCUGCUGGAUCCACAGUCUCCACAGCAGUUGCAAACCUACUGGGUCUUUUCUAUAUUCCUCAGAUCAGCUAUGCCUCCUCAAGUCGCCUUCUGAGCAACAAGAAUCAGUACAAGUCCUUCAUGAGAACCAUUCCCACAGAUGAGCACCAGGCUACAGCCAUGGCAGACAUCAUUGAGUAUUUCCAGUGGAACUGGGUCAUCGCUGUGGCGUCAGAUGACGACUACGGACGCCCAGGCAUUGAAAAGUUUGAAAAGGAAAUAGAGGAACGAGACAUCUGCAUUCACUUGAAUGAACUGAUUUCUCAGUAUUUCGAGGAUCACGAAAUUAAAGCUCUUGCCGACCGGAUUGAGAACUCCUCUGCUAAAGUUAUUGUUGUGUUUGCCAGUGCCCCAGACGUAGAGCCUCUAAUUAAGGAAAUGGCCAGGAGAAAUUUUACAGAUCGGAUAUGGCUGGCCAGUGAAGCGUGGGCAAGCUCCUCCCUCAUUGCCAAACCAGAAUACUUAGACGUUGUGGCUGGGACUAUUGGCUUUGCUCUAAAGGCAGGGCACAUUUCCGGGUUUAGAGAGUUCUUACAGCAAGUCCACCCGAAGAAAGACACUCAUAAUGAAUUUGUCAGAGAGUUUUGGGAAGAAACCUUUAACUGCUAUCUGAAAGACAGUCCAAGGCUUCGAGAAACUGAGAGGGGCAGCACUACGUUCAGGCCUUUGUGUACUGGCGAUGAAGACAUAACCAGCGUGGAGACUCCAUACUUGGACUACACACAUCUACGGAUCUCCUAUAAUGCUUAUGAGGCAGUAUAUUCAAUUGCACAUGCUCUGCAAGACAUACUCAACUGCAGACCAGGACAAGGGCUUUUUGCUAACAAUUCUUGUGCAGACAUCAAGACAAUGGAAGCAUGGCAGGUGUUAAAGCAGCUCAGGCAUUUGAACUACACCAAUAGUAUGGGAGAAAGGAUACAUUUCGAUGAAAACGCAGAUCUGGCAGCAAACUACACCAUCAUUAACUGGCACAGAUCGUCAGAAGAUGGUUCUGUUGUCUUCAAAGAAGUUGGAUACUACAAUGGUCAUAUGAAACGGGGAGCCAAACUUUUCAUUGAUAAAAGCAAGAUUCUCUGGAACGGACAUAGUUCAGAGGUGCCAUUCUCUAAUUGCAGUGAGGACUGUGAACCCGGUACAAGGAAGGGGAUCAUUGACAGCAUGCCCACAUGUUGUUUUGAAUGCACUGAAUGUUCAGAUGGAGAAUACAGUGAUCAUAAAGAUUCCAGUGUUUGCACCAAGUGCCCAAAUAACUCCUGGUCCAAUGGAAACCACACGUUCUGUUUCCUGAAGGAAAUUGAGUUUCUCUCCUGGACUGAACCAUUUGGGAUCGCUUUAGCCAUAUGUGCUGUGCUUGGUGUUGUUUUUACAGCUUUUGUAAUGGGGGUGUUUGUUAGAUUUCGCAAUACUCCAAUUGUAAAGGCCACAAAUCGAGAGCUGUCCUAUGUGCUUCUGUUCUCACUCAUCUGCUGCUUCUCCAGCUCUCUAGUUUUUAUAGGAGAACCGCAGAACUGGACAUGCCGUUUGCGCCAACCAGCCUUUGGGAUAAGUUUUGUGCUUUGUAUUUCAUGCAUACUUGUGAAAACCAACAGAGUUCUGUUGGUAUUCGAGGCCAAAAUUCCUACAAGUCUCCACCGUAAAUGGUGGGGACUGAACUUGCAGUUCCUUCUGGUGUUUCUGUGCACAUUUGUGCAAGUCAUGAUAUGUGUGGUCUGGCUUUACAACGCCCCUCCGUCCAGCUACAGGAAUCAUGACAUCGAUGAAAUCAUAUUCAUCACAUGCAAUGAGGGUUCUGUGAUGGGUCUUGGAUUUCUCAUUGGAUAUACCUGCCUUUUGGCAGCCAUUUGCUUUUUCUUUGCUUUUAAGUCACGUAAACUUCCAGAAAACUUCACAGAAGCAAAAUUUAUUACUUUUAGCAUGCUCAUAUUCUUUAUUGUUUGGAUCUCUUUUAUCCCUGCAUACUUUAGUACCUACGGGAAGUUUGUUUCUGCUGUGGAAGUCAUUGCCAUUUUGGCAUCCAGCUUUGGGAUGCUGGCGUGCAUCUUCUUCAACAAAGUCUACAUCAUCCUGUUUAAGCCCUCAAGGAACACCAUAGAGGAAGUCCGAUGCAGCACAGCAGCACACGCCUUCAAGGUGGCAGCCAAAGCAACACUGAAGCAUAACACAUCUUCCAGGAGAAAGUCUGGAUCUUCUGCUUCAACCCCAUCUUCGACCAUGAGCUACAAAACUAAUGACGACUCCGACCCGAAUUUAGACAACAGGCCACGGGUGAGCUUUGGGAGUGGAACUGUCAUGCUGUCCUUGAGCUUUGAGGAGUCCAGGAGAAGUUCAAUGUUGUAAAACAAAAGCUGAGGAUUUGUAAGACUUGGGCUUCUUUAAUUCAGUGUUUUAUUUCUUGGUAAAAUCAAUACAACUGUGUGCGUGCUCAGAAAAGAAUGGACAGUUAUUUCAUCUGAUGAAACCCAAGUUCUACAAGGAACCUGGAACAGGCAUUAUUAGGAACAGAGAUAUCAGCUGCCUCAACGAGUUCACAAUUCUAGGAAAUCAAAGAAGAGAAAAGAAGAUGCCCAAACUUUCAAGAGGCUAAAACAAAAUAUUGAAUUUAUGUCAUCUUUUGUGUAAAGUUACCCACACCAGAAUAUUUUUCAUCUGACUCAAUCAUUCUAUAAGAUAAAAUUUAAACUGUUUUGCAGUUUGUUUAAGGUGUUUCUUUUUGAUAGUUUGGAAAAAUAUAUGUGUAAUGUACUGGCAAAAAAUGACUUAAAACGCAAGUUAAU